AAUAAUAAAAAAAAAGGUUUGUUUACACGUUUAAAAGUAGAAGAAAGAAAGAGGUUAUAUAAUUCCUCGUUCUUGAAAAAGUGCAUAAUAUUGAUAGGAAGGAAGUAUAUAUACUAGUGCGGGGGGUGCGUGCGCUAUUGGGUUUAUUUUCUGUGGGUUUCAUUCUCUGUUCAUUUUUCCAACAAAGAAAAGAAAAAGGAAUGGAGAGUGAUUCUGAGAUGGUAGUAUUUCCGUUGCUGACAACGCCUAUCGAAACCAACUACAGGCCAUGCACCAUUCCCUACAGAUUCCCUUCCGAUAACCCUCAAAAGGCUACCCCUACCGAAAUUUCGUGGAUCGACCUCUUCCGCAAUUCCAUUCCCUCCUUCAAGAAACGAGCUGAGAACGAUACUACUGUGGCUGAUGCUCCAACUAAAGCUGAGAAAUUUGCUAAAAGGUAUGCACAGAUACUUGACGACUUAAAGAAAGAUCCUGAAAGCCAUGGUGGCCCACCUGAUUGUAUUCUUCUCUGCAGACUUCGGGAACAGGUUCUUAGAGAAUUGGGAUGUAGAGAUAUAUUCAAGAAAGUCAAAGAUGAAGAAAAUGCAAAGGCUAUCUCCCUCUUUCUGGAUGUAGUUCGUCUUAAUGAUAAUAUUGAAGAUGGAGGGAAGAGGCUGGAGAAUCUGAUUAGAGGAAUAUUUGCUGGAAACAUAUUUGAUCUUGGUUCUGCGCAGCUUGCUGAGGUUUUCUCAAGGGAUGGAAUGUCCUUUUUGGCUAGUUGUCAAAAUCUUGUUCCUCGACCUUGGGUCAUUGAUGACUUGGACACUUUUGAAGCAAAAUGGAGUAAGAAAUCUUGGAAAAAGGCAGUCAUUUUUGUUGAUAACUCUGGUGCAGAUGUGAUCUUGGGUAUUUUGCCAUUUGCAAGAGAGUUGCUUCGACGUGGGACCCAGGUUGUUUUGGCGGCUAACGACUUGCCUUCCAUCAAUGAUGUAACUUAUCCUGAACUGGUUGAAAUUAUAUCAAAGUUGAAGGAUGACCAUGGUAAGCUUGUUGGUGUUGAUACCUCAAAUCUUUUGAUUGCUAAUUCUGGUAACGAUUUGCCGGUUAUUGAUCUUACAAGAGUAUCACAAGAGCUCGCUUAUCUAGUGAGCGAUGCAGAACUAGUUAUUUUGGAAGGCAUGGGUCGUGGAAUAGAGACUAACCUUUAUGCCCAGUUUAAGUGCGAUUCGCUCAAGAUUGGAAUGGUGAAACAUCCGGAAGUUGCCCAGUUUCUUGGAGGACGGCUGUAUGAUUGUGUCUUUAAAUACAAUGAAGUUUUGGGUUGAUAAUGCCAUUCUUGCUUGAUUCAAUAUUGAGUGUCAGGUCGUAUGGCCUCGAAAACUUUCGUUUGAACAUCAAAAGCUCUCACUCAAUCAAUAAUGAAAUGUGAAAACUACUUACAUGCACUUGAUUUUUUAUUCUAUGCAUGUAAACUUGGAUGCUGAAUCUCUGUUGCUAUGAAUUAUUUUAGAGAAAAAAUUAAUAAUGCUGAGGCUU